AUGGCAACCAUAAACUCGGUGCUAGGGCCGUUGGAUACGGCGGACCUGGGAUUCACUUUACCUCAUGAACACCUGAUCGAUUCGUCCGCCGGUAUCCGGGAUACGUACUACGAACUUGAAUUCCGCGACCAAGCCCUGGACAUGGCUUUGGAGUCCUUUAACGAGGCCAAGAGCGGCGGAGUCGACACCGUCGUCGAAGUUUCUCCUAUGGACCUGGGACGGGAUGUUCUUCUCAUGAAGGAAGUUUCGGAAAGAACGGGGGUGCAGUUCAUCUGCUGCACUGGCUGUUGGCUGGAUAUUCCGCGAAGCUUCUGGGGCAGGGACAAGGACUUCAUCGCGGACCUUUUGGGUGCGGGAAAUUGA